AGGAAAUGGAGGCUAUUUGGAAUUACAAUACCAUUGUGGACCGAAAGCGAUGGGGCAUUGGAAAUACUAUCGCAUCUUCACCCUACGCUCACGGUGAGCAUCCUGAGCGAUGGAGAGCCAAUGGCACCUUCCCUUUCCCCAUGAAGGCGCCAGAAUCAUCGGUGCUGAAUUUGAACAACACAUUGACCAUGCACUUGAAGGGAGAGGACCGUGACUAUGACAACAAAUAUGCCCAACAGCUGCAAGCGGACUACGGGUCAUUGAUCGACAACAUCAAGAUGCAAGCAAGAAGUGCAACGAUUUGCGCGCAAGGCUGCGCAAGAUGGAUGCAUAUGCAGACCAGUUUAUUAAACUUCCGAGCGGAGUUUGGAACAAGAUCGAUGCUCAAUCAUAGAUAAAUGAGGUGGUUCAGUGGUUGAGUCUCUCCCUCUCUCUUUCUUUUCUUUUCUGUAAGCCAAUUUUUGGAGCAAUCCUUCUGCAGCCCCAGCCUUGUUCCUGUAGAGCAUGGUGUGCUUGGCUGGGAAGCGAUACUGUCACUCUUCUUCCUUUGCGCCGCGCUGAGACCAGCUUGGACCUGGAGCGGAAGAACUGAGAAAAAAGGUUUGCAAUUGCAAGGCUUGGCUUCUGGCUUAGAGUUUGAUGCCAACAAAAAAGAUUUGAGCAUGCAGUUCUUUGUCUUGAGUUCAGAUGCAAUUUCCUCUCGCUGAGCC